GAGAUACAGUGGCAUGUUCUGGGCUUUAGGUCCGGGCUGUAGAAUGCUACAGUGAAGUUGAGAGCACAAGUUCCUCAAAGGAACUGAGUGACGGCUACAGUAAGAUGGGGGAGGAGAAGACAGGAGCUGUGUUCAUCACUCAGGUGCUCACUUAUGACUGAGGAUAAUCAUUUUUAGGCCCUGGGAUGAUACUAAAGGUUGAGUAGGAAGAUGCCACCUCAUAUCUCAUGCUAGCCCCUGUAUUUCUCUUUUCACCUGGCCUUCUUUGGGAACAAGAGAGAAGCACUUUGAUAAUUUUUCCUGCUAACCUCAGGUCUACUACUCAACAGGACUUUCUAUGAGGAUGAUGAACCUCACUCUGGGCCUGAGCCUGGGCCUGUUCCUGGCUGGCCUCCUCAGCGCAGAAGGGCAGCAAAAAGCCAGUGUCCCUCAGUCAGUCUUGGUGUCUAACAUCCAUCCCCAAGGGUGGAAAGAAGAGAGGAACGCCCAGGAUCUGGCCAGGCGCAACAUGGAGUUUGGCUUCAAGCUGCUCAGGAAGCUGGUUCUCAACAGCCCCUGGAAGAAUGUCUUCUUCUCACCCUUGAGCAUCUCCACUGCCUUCUCUCUGCUGUGUCUGGGGGCCCAGGACUCAACCCUGACUGAGAUCAAGCAGGGUUUCAACUUCGAAGGGAUGCCAGAGAGGGACCUGCACCAGGCCUUCCACCACCUCCUGCACAAGCUGAACCAGGAGAAGGAGGACGUCAAGCUGCACUUCGGCAACACCCUGUUCCUGGACCAGGAGAUGCAGCCACAGCAGAAGUUUCUGAGAGUGGCCAAGAGCAUGUACAAUGCAGAAAUUCUCCCUGCCAACUUCCAGGACCUAGAAAACACCCAGGAAAGGAUCAAUGAAUAUAUCAGUCAUAAAACCCAUGGGAAAAUCGACAACCUGAUCAGGAGCAUAGACCCUGGCACCGUGAUGCUUCUUACAAACUACAUUUACUUCCGAGCCAGGUGGCACCGUGUGUUUGAUCCAAAACAAACGAAAGAGGAAGAUUUUUUCGUGGGCAGAAACAAAUCAGUGAAGGUGCCCAUGAUGUUCCGAGGGGGCCUGUACGACAUGGGCUAUGACAAGCAGCUCUCUUGCACCGUCCUGGAGAUGCCCUACCAGCAAAACUUCACCGCCACCUUCAUUCUGCCAGACAAGGGCAAGAUGAGACAACUGCAGGAAAACCUGAAGGCAGAUGUUUUUGGCAGAUGGAAGAAAUUACUGGUGCAAAGGGUCGUGGAUGUGUACGUACCCAGGAUGCACAUCUCUGGAACCUACAACCUGAAGAAGACUCUCUCCCAGCUGGGCAUCAGCAAGAUCUUCGAGGAACACGGUGACCUCACAAGGAUCUCCCCUCACCGCAGCCUGAAAGUGGGUGAGGCCGUGCACAAGGCUGAGCUGAAGAUGAAUGAGAAAGGAACUGAGGGUACUGCAAGCUCUGGAGCUGAGACGCUGCCCAUGGAGAGGCCCCAAAAGUUCAAGCUAAACAGACCCUACUUGAUAAUGCUGUAUGAGACCACUAUGCCUGCCAUGCUGUUCUUGGGAAAGAUUUCUAAACCGAGUGGGAAAUAAAAAGGAAUUCUGCUCACUGCAGAGCUCAACCAUGGGCUGAGAUGAACAAGCACGCUUUCAAUCCCUGGGGUGGGGCCACAGGCACACUCUGACCUAAUCCUGCCCCAUGGCCCAUCUCCCACAGCUGCCCAAAUGUGCUGCCUCACAGGCC